ACAGAAAAAAUGUUAAAAAAAACUGCUAUGGUUUAGAGAAACCACGAUGCAAGUGAAACUUUUUUCUGAUCAAAACACACAAAUACCGCGGAGCACUUGCACAAAUGAGUAAGAAUAUAAAUGCUACACGGUCAGCUGAUGCGAGCCAUGGGCGCCGCCAUAUUGUAAUGCGGCAUGCGAUAGAUGGACGAAAAAUUUUGAGGCGAUGGAAUAAAAGUUUCACUUUAAAAAUUGUAUCUGUCAAAAAUAAGGCCAAUCUCACUUGACAAUUUUCUCUGGGGUGCGAGUUCUAAAACAGCCUGUAUAAAAAAUCAAAGCAUGAGUGGUACGAGCCGCGUAGCGGCGAGUUGGGAAACAAACCAUUGCAAAUGGCCUUCUGUAUUCAGCUGUUUAUUUAAACAAUUCCUAGUGUAAUUUUUUUUAUUGUAUAUUUUGUCAGCCCCGUCGUGGUUCACACCAGAUUUUUAAGUUUUACAGUUGCAAAGAUUUAAACUAAAGACUGAUCAGAGGUCAUCUAAUUAUAGAACAAAGAUUAAAAAUGCUUUUCACAUUAGGACGUUAUGAGUAGUGUUAAAAAUGAAGAUUUCCGCAAAAAGACUUGGCAAACUGCUGCUAUUCUAUUCAAUUUUCUAUGUAAUUCUUGGUGUUUUUACCGUUGGAAUGUUCCAAAUUUUUCUGAAAACCCUCGAUGAUAAAGCUCCGAAAUGGCAACUGGAUGAGUCUUUGAUUGGAAGCAAUCCAGGUCUAACCCUCAAACCAUCGCUUCCCGACAACCUAAUUGUGUACAAAACUAAUGACACAGAACGGAUUUUUCAAAUAAAACAACAGUUGGAUAAUUUUUUGGCUCCGUAUUUUCCCGAAGAAAAACACGAAAAUGUUCAAGAGUGUAAGAAUUCGCCCAAUGAAGGAAAAGUUUGUGAUUUUGUAAUCAACGAACGUUUUAGUCCCUGUACUCGCCAAAUGAACUACAGUUACAGCAGUUCUGAUACAGGACCUUGCGUCUUCCUCAAACUAAAUAAAUUAUUUGGAUGGGAGCCUGAACUUUACAACCGCACUACUGAUUUACCAAAAGAAAUGCCUUAUUAUUUACAACACACGAUAAAAACUUCCAAAAUACAAGACACAUCCAAUAUAAUUUGGUUAAGUUGUGUACCACAAGAUAUGGAGGAUUAUAAAAAUAUUGGCACUUUAGUGUAUUAUUUUGAAAUGGGUUUCCACCGAAAAUAUUUUCCAUUUAGGAACACUGAGGGAUAUUUGAGCCCUUUGGUGGCGGUGUUAUUUGAAAAACCGAAACGAGGUGUGUUGAUCAGAGUCGAGUGUAAAGUGUGGGCAAGAAAUAUUCACCACGAUCUUAAAAAUAACAAAGGAGUUGUCCGUUUUGCAUUAUUAAUAGACUAAAAUUAGAUUUUUAAAACACAAAUAAUAGUGUCAUAAAAACGAAAAUUCUUGGCAAAAGUGUUUUGCACGCUUUAUUAUUAUCAGAUAUUUCUGAUACAAAUAUUAUUUAAAAUGAUUUUCAUUUAAUUAAUUUUUUGACAUUCAUUUAAUAGUCAUAAAGUGGUAUUUGGGGGCAAAAACUAAAUAAAAAGUACUUUAAUUGUUUUUUAUUACCAUUAAUAAAUAAACUACCAUAA